AUGGCACCGACUAAACUUAAGAUCAAAGGCAAUAAAGCCUUUUCACUUUUAUCAACUAUCGAUAAUGAUGAAGAUUUAUCAAAAACUUGGCGCUUAAUGACAAAGGUCAAAGAUGCCUUAGAAUACGGAAUGCGUUUGGAAAAUUUAUCAUGGCGCCUUUGGUUUAUGCAUCAUCUUAUGGUUCAUGAUCAAAAAACUAGAAAUCAAUUUAAAAAAUUAUCAAGUGCAACUACUAAAAAAUUAGAAAUAGAAAAAGCUACUCAGCUUAAAGACUUACCUGUUCCAAGUUAUAGACCUAAAUCACAAGAUACUGUAACUGAGAAGAAAGGAAAGAAAAAGUCCACAAAAAAGCUGUCUACCCCCGUAAUGCAAUCAAAAAAGGAUGAUGAAAAUGUUGCCGCUGUAACUUCUAUUACUGAAUCUACAAUCGAAAUCGAUGAAAUGGGUCAUGAUGUUGGUCAUGAUGAUACUGAUGAAGUUCUUACAUCAAUGAAUGAUGGUGGAUCUCUUGACAUAUGGACCGAUGUACAUAAUCGUAAUUUGUAUUCUCUACGCCAAUACACUAGUGAUCAAGAUCCAUUUCAAGUUGUUUCUUUACCUAGUGUUUUCGAUCGUAUUAAUGCUCAAGCUAUAUUACAUCCUAAUCAUCAACCUAUAAUGCAACUUGACUUGGAUCAAAUGAUUGGUGUUUAUAAUAUAUCUCCUGAACCCUCAGAACCAAAUUCUCCUACUAUGGAGUGGUAUGAUAAUAACAUUUUACCUCCUGAUACAAUCACUCAACAAACAUCAAGCUUGCAAUUUCCAAUGUCUAGUUCUUUGAGCUCAGGAAUACAUGGAGCUGUUUACGUUCCAAGAACUACCGGCAGUUCUCCUGUUAAUACUGCCUCUAUUAACUCAAGUUUAAUAGCGUCAAUGAGUAAUUCUGUUAAUGGAUUAUCUAAUGACAAUAAUCUUUUGAACGGUGUUUCAAAUUCGGGUAUAAUAUAUAUGAAUCAAUAUACAUCAGAACAACCUACUUCUACUAAUUCUUCAAUAUCCUCCGGGCAUGGUACUUCAUCAAAAAUACCUUCAAUAUCUACAUCUACGUCAUCUUCGAUGGAUUCUUCAACUAUGGCAACUCGUACUCCUUCAUCUUUAACUUCUUCAGCUGAAAGUAAACCAAAGAAAGCUCAUUCUAAUGGUGAACAACAAUGUUUCAACUGUGGUGUAACUUCAACGCCUCUUUGGAGACGUUCCGCUAAUGAUGAACUUUUAUGUAAUGCGUGUGGUUUAUACCUUAAACUACAUAAAAUGGAUAGACCAAAAACUAUGAAACCUCAUAUAGUGCGGAAGGAUGCACGCGAUGAUGAAGCUGCCCAACCUGUGUGUUCAAAUUGUAGUACAAUGACUACACCUUUGUGGCGAAGAGACGAAGAAGGUCAAACGCUUUGUAAUGCUUGUGGUUUAUAG